ACUCUUUCAGGCGUUUACUUUGUUGAUCUCCAAACUGUUUGUGAUUUCCUCACGAGAUAUUUUGAGAGUUAACAACUGUGUAUAAAUUAGCGCAGGCUUUAAAUAAGGCUAAAAGCAGGCUAAUGAGAGGCAUGUGUUCCCAAGCUGAUGGAAAACUCACAGUUAAAGUUGUUUGCUAGACUUUAUAUAAAGUAAUACUGGCACCGUGAUGGUUUUGUAAUUGACUUUACAUUGCUGACUUAUGCACAAAUUCUGGCGGUGUUUAUUAAAAAAUAUAUAAGUGUUCACUAUUCUAACGAAGCCCACGGAAAUCUAUCUUCAGGGUGCAUUCAAGGAACCGAGUUGUCAUGGAGGGUUUUCUAGGUGCCGUGAACAGCGUUACCAAGUCUUUGCCUGCUACUGCGAUGUUGAGUGAAUUAAUGAACGACACUUCACGCGUUUCUUUUGAUCAUAUGCAGAUAUAUAUUUAAUGUAGUGAAAUGUCCACCAGAUAUACGUUUCUGCUAUCUCAUACGUUAUAGCAGCUAUAAAGAGCAAAGCUUUGUCCUAAAUACUGCUUUAUUGUGGGAACUUCAUACCUUUAUGAAGUACUGACACAAUCCAGUCCAUCCAUAAAUGUUAAUUAAUGCAAAUCUACACCAUGUCGGUGAUUAGACAUAUUUCUUAAUUAUGAAAUAAACAGAAAAGCAACAUAUUGUUUAUUAUCCCUGAAUUCUCUGUAAUGAACACCAUUCAAGUCCCUCCAUCCAUCCAGCCAGCCAUUCUUUACACUGCUUACACUGGUUAUCAGUGAUUAGUCAAUGGGAAGGUUGGACCAUGCAAGCCUAACUCUGUCAGGUUUUAUACACUGGUAGUUAGUUGACCGGACCUGUUCUCUCAACUCAUAUAACCAACAGCUGUGAUGUGAGCUAGAAAACUGUAUUGAGUGUGAGACUCAAUAAUAUUAGAGACUAAUAUCUGCUCAGAAAGUUGCCAGAGUGAACAAUAAUACUUGUUUUCUUGUUCAUCUUUCUGUCAGAAUUCAGAUGAAACAUCCCAUGCUCUCUCACUUUUAGCAGUGAGAUUUACGGUGUAGAAUGCAUGAAGCAAAAGUAAUAAUGUACUACGCUAUACAGCCAAAAGUAUGAAACCUGACCAUGACACCAUGGACCAUGAUAUGUGUCCAUUCCAAACCCAUAGGCGUUAACACAGGAGUUUGUUCCACUUUGCUGUUGUAAUAUUCUCCACUCUUCUGUGAAGGCUUUCCACCAGAUUUUGGCUUUGGGAAUUUGCUCAUGCAGUCACAAGUGCAUUAGUGAUAUUGGGUAGUGAUGUUGGGCAAGGACACUUGGUGCGCAGUCGGCAUUCCAGUUCACCCCGAAGCUGCUCAGUGGGGUUGAGGUCAGGGUUCUGUGCAGGCCACUCGAGUUCUUUGACACUAACCUUGACAACCCAUGUCUUUAUGGACCUUGCUCUGUGCACAUCAUUGUCAUGAUGGGACAUGUAAGGCUUUUAGUUUCAUUGAAACAAAUUCUUCAGAGCCAUCUGAGACAAUUGUGUGCUUCUAAAUUUGUGCCAACAGCUUGGGGAAAGCCUUUGUAUGGGUGCGAUGGUCAGGUGUCCACAUACUUUUGGCCAUGUACUGCAUUUAUGACUCAUUAUUCUUCAUUUUCAGAGUGACAUUACUCAAGGCCUGGAGUAUUAAUAUACAUGUCAGUGACCAUGCAAUUAUUAUCCGAACAUUAUUUGCAUCAUACCAUGCACUGAGACGUUAUCCUGACCUGAAAAUUACACAUAUGUUUCAACACAUAUGUUGAAAGAUGGAGUCUAAUCAGCAGGACGAUCUGGAGCCCAAUAAGGACGAUCUGCCUUUGAGAGCUAACACAAAUCAUAUCCUGGUCAGACACUAUGUGCUGGACCUCAGUGUUGACUUUCAGACAGAGGUCAUUGGAGGCAGUAUUGUCCUGUUCCUAGAGCCUUGUAAAGGACCCGGCAGGACAGAGGAGGUAGACUUGGUGUCCAAAAACAAGACAGAAGAACUAAACACUCCAUAUGUUCAUGGUGAAAAUGCCAGAGGCUUUAGAAGUGCAUCUGAAAUCAUAGUAUCACAAGGAAGCCAAAAUGAUGCCAGUAACACCUCAUGGGAUGAUGCGAGUAAAGACUUCACCUUGAUUUUAGACUGUUGUGACCUGGUUGUGUCCAAAGUGGAAGAAGUGGAUGUAUGUACUGUUUCUGAACUCUGGAACCUUCUAGAGGUUGACAAGGUGCCUCUGGACUCCACUCAGAGUUCAUCAUUUGCUUUAGUGCAGAGGCUCAUGUCUAUUCCUUCAGCCAGAUGGAGACAGCAGCAGGAUCUGUAUCUCCAGUGCAGCUGUGCCCAGGCUGUCAAUACAACCGAGCCUUUACUUUUUCACAUGGACCAGUGGAGUCUUCAAAUCAGGAAGAAGGGGGUUCGAUCCCCUCAUGCCUUCCCUCGUGCACUCAGGAUCUGGUACAAGACAAAGCCUUCAGGAGGCUCUGUGAGGUGGACCAAGGACCAGGAUGGCAGAUGUUGUGUUUACACCAUGGGUUCACCAAUCAACAACAGGGCUCUGUUCCCGUGCCAAGAACCACCUGUUGCAAUGUCAACGUGGCAAGCCCAUGUGAAAGCCCAGUGUGAAUAUAUGGUUCUGAUGAGUGGUGAGAAUCAGGCUGUUCCAGUCCCUGACAAGACAGGAUUUUUAGAGUGGGAUUAUUACGUGACGAUGCCAAUGCCUGCCUCGACUUUUACUAUAGCUGUUGGUAAGUGGCAGGAAGCCAAAUCAUUGCCUCACAACCAUGAAGAGGUGAAAAGUGAGGAGCCUUGUGCAAAAUCAGACUGCAAAAAAUUCGAUUAUCCACAAAGUUGGAGUGAAAACCAAAGCUCACAUUUAACGGAGGAAGAUGAGAAGAAGUUUUGCGCCCAUGUAGAUUAUCCAUGUCGUUUCAUGCACAGAGGUCCAAUCACUCAGGCAGUCAUACCCCAUCGGGUUUUUGCCCCAUCCUGUCACCUGAAAAAGGCUGAAUCUACGCUUGUGCCUCUUUUACCAUUCUGUUUGGCUGCUGCUCACUCUGUAUUAGGCAUCCACCCAUUCUCACGCCUGGAUGUGCUCAUUGUUCCUCCAGGGUUCUCCAGUCUGGGCAUGGCCAGCCCGCAUAUCAUCUUCCUGUCCCAGAGUGUGUUAGCGGGUAACCAAAUCCUGUGCGGAACAAGGUUGUGCCAUGAGAUUGCUCACUCCUGGUUUGGUUUAGCCAUCGGGGCGCGGGAUUGGACAGAGGAGUGGAUCAGCGAGGGGUUUGCUACAUACCUAGAAGAUGUGUUCUGGGCCCAAAUCCAGCAGUCGCAAAUGGGCAGCACUGACAAUGAGGAGCAGAAGCAGCUGAAGGCUCUGCUGCGAUGGAGAAGACUGAAGGAUGAAUUAGAGAACUCAGAAGAGGAGCUGCAGGUCCUUAGACCCAAUAAGGACACUACAGGAGAGGUCAGUGAGUCUGGAGCCUCCAUCGUGAAGCAUGCCCUUAACCCAGGAAAACCAUUCAUGCAAGUACACUACCUCAAAGGUUACUUUCUCUUGAUGUUCCUGGCUGAGAAAGUGGGUGAGAUUGAGUUUUUGAGCUUCUUCAGACAUUUCGUGAGAAGAUUUCACGGGCAGCUUAUUCUGUCUCAGGACUUCCUGCAGAUGUUUCUGGAUACAUUCCCAGCUUUGGAAAGUGACUUUUCAUGCAGUCUGCCAUAUCUGUGUGUUUUGUGGCUGGUGCAGCAUCCGGGGAACAUCACAUCAGAGUCCAAACAGCUGUUGCAUUCUGUUUUCAGCUAUCAGUUUAGGUGGUUCAGGCCAAAACCCUCCCUCCUCCACAUAGUGAACUGGCCAUUUCAGUCCUCCGCUGACCAAAUUCAAAACAAAGGGCAAGGCCUUACUCUUGAAUCUAUUUACUCAGACUGGCUGGAUACACCUGGAAUUGCGAAGUGGCUUGGAGAAGCCAGCUCGACGUGGUCACACUCUCCACCAGUCGCACAAGUCUCAGAGGAGGUUGUAAAAUGGAAGCACCUCAGUGGCGGCACCCGAAAGGGCACCAAGCGGAAGAGAGCGGGGCCCAAGGUGAACUUCAAAGAGUUGAAUCCAUGGCAGUUGGUCCUGCUGUUGGAAUUCCUUCUGGAAGAGGCAGAGCUGAGUGUGUCCUGUCUUAGCCUGCUGCAAACCACAUACAAACUGUGCAACCAGGAUGCUGAGGUGAAACAUCGCUGGUGUGAGCUGGUAGUCAAGCAUAAAUAUGCAGCUGCAUAUAGAGAUGUUGAACACUUCCUCAUUCAUGACCAGGCUAUGGGUGUGUAUCUGUAUGGCGAGCUGAUGCUACAGGAAGAUGGACGUCAGCAAGCAUUAGCAAGACGCUGCCUGUCAGCCGUCAGAGAUGAUAUGGACCAAUCAGCACGCAAGAUUGUGGAGGAAAUGAUUCUCUAGCUCAGGAAAGGAGACGGACACGAUGCAGAUGCUCUACUUCAGGCUCAGGUCUCCGGGUGUGAAAUCAGCUCAGGGAAAUCCACAGCAGCACACAGGCACUUGACACCACAGCUAAUCGCCACCUUUUCUUUCAAAGAGAAAGAUAUAUAUACACAGGACAACUGAGAAAAUGUUUUUUUUUGUAAGGCACCCAAGUGAAUCAUUGUAGAACUCUUACAUUAGUGUUAAUAUUUUUAUAAAGUCAGUGCUGCACGUUGUUCUGCUCCACUGGAGGAAUUUCACUAGACUUCAGCAAGUGCAGAAACAAAUACAGGGUAACUCUGUGUUACAAACAUGGCAAAAUGACUCCUAUUUUCAUGCAAAACAUGUUACCUCAGCAUUGAUAUUCUAGUUAUGACUAUUUGGAAACACUGAAAGGUCAGUUUGUGGUAUUUAGUUCUGAUUUGUCACUGGAUAUGUAAUGCUUCUGCUAUACAUGCUUUAUGCUAUGUUAUGUAAGCACCAUGUCAACUAGUAAUGAAAUGAUUCAUAUCACUAUUGCCUUGUGGCUUCCAGUUAUGUGAUUUCACUGUCAAUUCUAUUGUUCUUUUAUUUUGUUAAAUAAUGUUCACAUUGUUUUAAGGAUUUUAGAAAUAAAAGGAAAUGUUCUACAAUG